AUGAGUAGUAACGCACCAGGGGCUCCCACUCUUUCUGCUAAUUCUGCGGCUUCUGAAGGGAAGGAGAAAUCGGAUAACGUUUCCGGUGAUGAGUAUCUUUCUCAGGAGGAGGAAGUUUUUGAUGGUAAUGAUAUUGAAAACAAURAAACCAAAGUGUAUGAAGAAUCUUUAGACCUGGACUUGGAACGUAGUACUAGACAGGUUUGGUUGGUCAGAUUACCAAUGUUUCUAGCAGAGAAAUGGAGGGAUAGAGGUAACCUGUAUGGUCAAGAAUUGGGUAAGAUUAGAAUAAACAAGGAUGGCAGCAAAAUCACGCUACUUUUGAAUGAAAAUGAUAAUGAUUCUAUACCGCAUGAAUAUGAUUUAGAGCUCACCAAAAAAGUGGUAGAGAAUGAAUACGUUUUCACUGAACAAAAUUUAAAGAAGUAUCAACAACGGAAAAGAGAGUUAGAAGCUGAUCCUGAGAAGCAAAGACAAGCUUAUUUAAAAAAACAAGAACGCGAAGAAGAGCUCAAAAAGAAGCAGCAGCAACAAAAACGUAGAAACAACAGAAAAAAGUUCAAUCACAGAGUUAUGACAGAUAGAGAUGGUAGAGACAGGUAUAUUCCAUACGUUAAAACAAUUCCUAAGAAAACCGCUAUUGUAGGAACAGUUUGUCACGAAUGUCAAGUUAUGCCAUCUAUGAAUGAUCCAAAUUACCACAAAAUUGUUGAACAAAGAAGAAACAUUGUCAAGCUUAACAACAAAGAAAGAAUCACAACCUUGGAUGAAACCGUUGGUGUGACGAUGAGUCAUACAGGUAUGUCUAUGAGGUCAGACAACUCUAAUUUCUUGAAAGUUGGACGCGAGAAAGCUAAGAGUAAUAUCAAAUCUAUUCGUAUGYYAAAGAAGGAAAUUUUGGACUAUCUAUUUAAGCUGUUUGAUGAGUAUGAUUACUGGUCGCUAAAGGGGCUGAAGGAACGUACUAGACAACCUGAAGCGCAUUUAAAGGAGUGUUUGGACAAGGUUGCUACUCUUGUAAAGAAGGGACCUUAUGCGUUCAAGUAUACUUUAAGACCCGAGUAUAAAAAACUGAAAGAAGAGGAAAGGAAGGCAACAUUAGGUGAAUUAGCCGAUGAGCAGACAGGUUCCGCGGGAGAGAAUACCCAAGGGGAGGCUGAAGCUGAUUUUGAAGAUGAAAUAGAGAUGGAAGAUGUUGUUUAG